UCCUAACAGAAUUCCUGGGGAGCUAGAAUUCAUUGGGGUCCCUUGCCUGUCUAUCUGUUGAAACUCAGGGCGCAGGACGAAGCUCACCACACCUUCCACAUGGCCACGGUGUAAAUGGUUUACAUGGCUGUCCGACCACGACAUUCGAAAAAGCGCAUUGCACCCUGAUCCAUCUUACUCCUCGAAGACACCGAGUUGAACGAAACUACAGACUAUGCGCCUGGCAUCAUAGCUAUCCGAACUCAGGAGAAGAUCGACGGCGGCAGACCGAAGCAGCAACGGCCGCAAUAAUGAACUUCACGACCAGCAGCACACCAGAUGCCACAAAAGGCGCACGCUACCUCGGCCUCCUUGACCAGGCAUUAUGCAAUGGAGAGUAUGGAUCAGUACCAGAACUCGCGCGAAAGGUGGACAAACAUGCACCGGAGAGGAAAGCAUUUACCGCGGCUGCGCGUGCCUCGUCGAAAAUCGCCUCAGCCUCGCACCGACCGACUUCGGCCUCGUCCACCAACACGACGAGUUUGCACUCCCUAGCAGAACUGAUUCCACAGCUAACACAGGGUGGAGCGAGUAAACAUGACGGAGAUCUCUUCAUUGCCGCAGUCACUGCCGCAGAAAUAUACUGGCUACAGGAGGAUUGUCCAAAUGCGCUACAGGUCCUCACGGAAGCAGUGACGGCGUCAAAGGCAUCAGAUUCGAUAGACACAGCGGCAUCACCGGAGGGAUGGCUCGAGAUCUGUUCUGUUAAGGCUGCUCUGAUUCGAGCGUAUAGCUUGGACAAUGCUGGUCAUCACAGCGAGGCGCUACAAGCAUAUCAAGCCGCUGUCAGACCGGCACCGGGUUACCGCUCGCCGGAACUGCGCAAAUGGUGGGAGAGGCUGCUUGCGAGAGCAUGCAUGUACAGCGUCAAGAAGGCUCCGACUUCACUCACAAACGAUUUGAGCGGAGUCUACAAAACCUUCACAGCUUGGGGUGCUUUUUGGCUACGCGCCUCGACAGCGAACCAUAACUUCAUCGCCAAUUCAUCCCACCUCGAUCUCCCUCGUCGGCAGGUAUGGCGCGCAUACUACGAGCUCCUUUCCACUAUCAUUGCCGAAGAUUUGGUCACGGAUACCACUGGUGCGCUGGUGAAGUUCGACAGUGGUGCAUCCCGGGAAUCGCAAUCCGUAUUGCGACGUGGCCAGCAUGUCGAAUUCAAGCGUGUCGAGUCGACCUACGAAUCACUUCUGCUCAAUGAGACCAAUUAUCCAGCUUCCAGCGAGCGAAACCAUGAAGUCGAGGAGCUGGUGGCUACAGUCAUGACCAACUGGACUAUAAUGACAAGCUUGGCGUGGUCCAAUGCCGAUCUCGGCGAUGGCGGUAAAGAUGCCGUCUCUCGAGGCGUUUUGGACAUUCUGUAUCGUGCCGCCACAAAGACAUUCCACUCAACGCCAAUCUUGAGACAUCUGUUUACGGUGCACGCCUCUCUGUCCGAGUACGACCUCGCCAUACAUGCUUUUGACAGCUAUGCUGAGAUUGUGACACGUGGAAAGGCGCGAGCAGAUAAGACAGGCGAGCACGAAGUUGGUCUGGACAGCGAUGACUUGGCAAUUACAACCGCUGCCGAGGCCGUUCGGAUUCUGUGCCGUUUUGGAGAUCGUGAUCACGCUGACAAGGCCAUCGAAGUUGCGUCCAAGGUUGAAAGUUGGCUGCAUUCGCAUGAAUUAGAGCUAACAAAAGAAGACCUUGAAGUGCGUGGCGUGCCUGAGGAGACAGAAGUGAAGUCUGAACUUCGCAUCAAGCCAGCUACCCUAGCCGCAGCAUAUCGCACGAUAGCCAUCACAAAAGCACAAUCUGCUCAUCUCACGUUUGAGAAAAGCGAUCGUCUGGAUCACCUGCAGACAGCCGAGAAGUAUCUCCAGCGGGCCUUGAAGUUCGACCCGGUGAACGUACAGACUGCCCACGCCUUAGCGCUUGUUCUCUCCGAGCAACACGACGUUACUGGCGCCGUCAAACUGAUCAAGAGCACGAUCGCUGCGGAGCAAGCCUCUUCCAAGUCAAUAGGAUCCACGAGCAACCGAACAACCAAGAUCGCUCGUAGUAUACAGAUGGUCCCGCUGUGGCACCUGCUUGCACUUUGCUUGACGGCGAAGGAUGAGUUCGAGGCAGCUAGUCAAGUUUGUGACACAGCUUUUGAGCAGUUUGGUAAUCUCGGCGCGAUAUUCGGGGCCAACGGCACAGUAGCCAAGGACAAGACUGCCAACCUCGGCUCAAGCGAGCUACUGGAAAGCUUGACCAGCUUCGAAAAGGAGUCACUUGUGCAAGUCCAGAUCACCAAACUGGUCCUUAUCGAGUUGAUGGAGGGCCCCGACGAAGCGGUGAACUCAACAGACGAGUUACUCAGCCUAUACUCGAGACUGUUUGGAAGCCCCAGGUUUGACACAGCAGCACCGGCAAAUCUCGCGCCGAAUAGAGCACAAUCGAUAUCAAACAAGAAGGGAAGUACUCUUCGAAGUAUAACAGGAAGCAUUCGUCCGAAGUCAGUGCGGUCGGUGCGUCUAUCCAGCGAGAAGGAGGCGCCAUCUACCGAAGGAGCUCCGCCCAUGCCCGGUGCGCCAAUCGGUGCUCCAAUCGAGAUCACUGUGACCAAUGAAGAUGGACAGGCGUCGAAAAAGGAAGGCCAUCACCAUUUGCACCUACCACACCUUCCCAAAUUGCACAAGGACGCAAACAAGGAUUCUGCAACUGUGACUGGUGAGACAAGUUCAUCUACCACACUAGGUCCGGUUCCAGCCGCUGUCAAACAAAGCGCAGCUGCCAAUCCCAGCCAACCUCUGCGCGAAAUUGCGCAUAAUGGUACUCACGAUGAUUUGCCACCACCUCCAGGACAUGACGAGCAGCCGCCUUUUCAAGAUAAGCGCCUUCCCGUACCGCAACCUGGCUCGGGACCGAGCACGUCCAUCUCACCUGACGUCGCAUAUCAGGAACGAAGACAUCAGACGAGCUUGUUGGUUAAGAUCUGGCUGUUCGUCGCUGGGGUUUACGUUCGUGCGCAGUCUUUUGACGAUGCCUUGAGUGCGAUCGAGGACGCGAAGAAAUGGGUCGAGGCGCUGGAGGCUGAUCUGGCUGCCACGAGGGACGGAAUGAGUGCUCGGAAACUAUUUGAGAAAGGUUGGGGUGGUGGGAAGAGUGUCGAUGCGAUCUGGGCGGACUGGUGGUCUGCAAAAGCACAACUUGCGACCUCACAAGAAACUCCAUUCGUCGCCAUGGCAGCCUACGAAGAAGCUCUCGCCUAUUACCCUGACCAUCCCGCCGCCACUGUCGGCAUCGCCAAUCUCCUCAUGGAUAUCUACGAGGAGAAGAUCCCUUCGGAAGAACCUCUUCUCCCGCUUCACCCAUUCCCGCUACCGUCCGGCAGCACUCUUGUCAGCGAAGCCCGGCCGGCGCUUACGCGGCCGAAUUCCUCCUCCGCCGCAGGCACCAGCUCCCGGCCGAUUUCACAACACAACAUCGUCACCCUCUCGCAAUCCUCCGCCAUCGACGCCCUGCAAGAACAACAAGAUAUCGUCGGCUCGAAACUGUCCCGUUGCGAUCCGUCUCCUGCCGAACUCAACCGUCUGGCCGCCCGUGAGCGCGCGUACAUCCUUCUUAAGAAUUUGUCCCGAAGUGGUGCUGGUUGGGACGACUCCGAGGCGUGGUAUGCGCUCGCCCGAGCGCAUGAGUUGAGUCGCGAAAUUGGAAAGGCGAAAAGUGCGCUCUGGUGGGUCGUCGAGUUGGAGGACUGUCGGCCGGUUAGGGAUUGGAGGGAGGUUUCGCCUGGUGCAUACACACUGUGAGUGAGGGCUCGAGAGCGUAAGAGAUAGACUCGAAGAACUCGAAGAGGAUAUCGUAGGAGUGUAGAUAAUGUCUAGGAAUAUAGACCCGUGCUCGAGAUAAUUACCUCGACGAAUGUGGAUGCAUUACAACACAUUGUGAUAAGAAAAGCCGUUACAUCAAACUAUCCAAUAUUUGCUGCGCUUGAGAUAGACCUGAGAAUUGGAGAUCAC